AUGGCAUUAAAUGAAAGCCACACAUAUGUCUGUUUCUCACUCUUCUUUCAUUAAACCCCUCUGAAGUAACUUGCAAAGCUCUCAACUUUGAUCUUCAUUUGAGAUUUCUAAGCCUUUGAUCUCAAAUUUUUAUUCUUUUAUUAUCUGGGUUUGAUCCAUUUUCUCAAUAUCUGCCAUGGAUUUUCAAAGCUUGACUGUCAAGAGCAGUUCUUGGUUUAAAGAAAGGGGCGUUGGGAGCUGGAACAAUGGGAUCUUUCGUCAAGGAUUGCAGCGCAAUUCUAGGAAAUAUGCGGGUUUGAGAGGAAAUUUUGAGGAGUUGAAGUGCAAAAGUGGAGUUGCAUUCUCUGUUCUUACCUCAGAUGUUACCCAGGAUACUGUAAUUUUCGAGAAACCAAUUUUUGAGCCUCAAAUAGCAGACCCCAAGACUGUUGCUUCAAUAAUAUUAGGGGGAGGUGCAGGAACAAGACUUUUCCCUCUUACAAGCCACAGAGCUAAACCAGCUGUACCUAUUGGAGGAUGCUACAGGCUUAUUGAUGUUCCUAUGAGCAAUUGUAUCAACAGUGGGAUAAACAAAAUUUUUGUCAUGACCCAGUUUAAUUCAGCGUCACUCAAUCGGCACCUUGCUCGUACCUAUAACUUUGGAAAUGGGAUCAACUUCACUGAUGGAUUUGUGGAGGUCUUGGCAGCUACUCAGACACCGGGUGAUGCAGGAAUGAAUUGGUUCCAGGGAACAGCAGAUGCUGUAAGACAGUUCAUUUGGGUCUUUGAGGAUGCCAAGAAUAAGAACAUCGAACACAUCUUGAUUUUGUCUGGGGAUCACUUGUAUCGGAUGAACUACAUGGACUUUGUGCAGAAGCAUAUUGAUACUGGUGCAGAUAUCACAGUUUCUUGCGUUCCUAUGGAUGAUAGCCGUGCUUCUGAUUACGGGUUGAUGAAGAUUGAUAAUACAGGACGUAUCAUUCAAUUCUUGGAGAAACCAAAGGGUGCAAACUUGGAGGCCAUGAGAGUUGACACCACUAUUCUUGGAUUGUCUCAUCAAGAUGCAGCAAAAUCUCCGUACAUUGCAUCAAUGGGUGUCUAUGUCUUUAAAAGAGAUGUUCUCCUAAAGCUUCUUAGUUGGAGAUAUCCAACAUCCAAUGACUUUGGAUCGGAGAUUAUACCUUCAGCAGUACUGGAGCAUAAUGUUCAGGCAUAUUUAUUUAAUGAUUACUGGGAAGACAUCGGAACAAUUAAGUCAUUCUUUGAUGCGAAUUUGGCUCUCACAGAAGAGCCUCCAAAGUUUCAAUUUUAUGAUCCAAUGACUCCAUUCUUCACAUCACCUCGAUAUUUACCCCCAACAAAAGUAGAAAAAUGCAGGAUUGUAGAUGCAAUUAUCUCACAUGGGUGCUUCUUGAAUGAAUGUGCUGUUGAGCAUUCGAUUGUGGGAAUUCGCUCACGUUUAGAAUAUGGAGUGGAACUCAAGGAUACAAUGAUGAUGGGUGCUGACUACUACCAAACUGAAGCUGAAAUCGCGUCAUUAUUGGCUGAGGGUAAGGUCCCCAUUGGUGUAGGACAAAAUACAAAGAUCAGGAAUUGCAUCAUUGACAAAAAUGCUAAGAUUGGAAAAGAUGUCGUCAUUGCGAAUAAGGAUGAUGUUCAGGAAGCAGAUAGGCCCCGAGAAGGUUUCUAUAUUCGUUCUGGCAUCACUGUAGUUCUAAAGAACGCAACCAUCAAAGACGGGACGAUGAUAUAAAUGAUCGUAGGUUUUUUUAUUAGUUUGAGGAGGCUAGAAAUAUAGUGUAAAGUUUCUACGUAUCCUUGAGAUGGGCUUGCGUUGAAUACCGGCAGCAGUCUGAAAACUGAAUUCGUGUGAAUUCAGAAUCUGCUGCUGCUUGUUUGUUGUAUAAAUAAGCUAUGGUGAGGGCAGUAGUCUGUAAAGUUUUGUGGGUAUCAGGUGUAACGAUUUUCUAUGUAGUAGCACUGCGUUUUGUAACGGAUCAAGCAAAUGAAAUCAGAUGAUACAACAAAAGACUUGUUGUUCAGUAAAA